AUGCCAUUUCUUGGAUUGCCCAAACUAAUAGCGAAGCCUCCAGUCGGUAGAAGCGAGUAUGGGCGUGUCAAAGUGGCGCUUCCGCCUGGCAAAGGACUUAUGGAUUGGGUUCGGCUGGCUUCUGGAAAGGUUCUAGCGAAGAAACGUAUGUCUGUUGAUCAUGAAGAGCUGAUGAAGCAUAACAAACAAGACGAUUGCUGGAUUCACAUCUUUGGACAGGUAUAUGAUGUCACAUCGUAUCUGGAAUUCCAUCCUGGUGGCAUAUCGGAAUUGAUGCGCGCCGCAGGCACAGAUGCUACUGAUCUCUUCAAUCAAUACCACGCAUGGGUUAACUACGAUAACAUGUUGAAAUCGUGUCUUGUAGGAAGAUUUACGGGUGACCUCUCAAAAUUACCUCAACCUGGUCCUAGCACAAGUGACCAGCCACAGUCAGUAUCAGCUCAGUUGAAUGCUUUAAUAGUGAAAGGAAAACAGAAGCAAGAAACAUAUGGAGUGGACAUCAUCAAAGACGCUACUUCUGUAACACUAAAAUGCCAAUACUGGACUACUGAUAAUCUUCGACUUGAAAACGUUGCGGUUGAUUGGUCUUCAAGUAAACAACAUUUUCGGAUAGUUGUGCGACCAAUGGGGAAUCCAGCGAUUGAGGUGAAGUGGGGUGGAAUUUCUACAGAGUCCACAGUGAAUGGUUACAGAGUUUUGGUUAAGGAUGGUCAAGUUGUGAUCACUUUUGAUGCUGAGGAUUUGGAUGUUAGCGCAGUUCUAUCCUCUGUUAAUCAUUCCAUAAGACAAUCUCCAUUGCUUGCAUAUCACGAAUGCAUUAUCGAAGAAAAACGAGCAGUCUCUCACGAUACUCGGCUAUUCACUCUUCGCUUGCCCGAAGGAGUGUUCUUUCCUGUAGGUGUUGGACGUCAUGUUUCCUUCAAAAUCAAAAAAGGAGCUUCAAAGCUUUAUCGUCAGUACACCCCUGUAAAUUUUGGCUCACUGCCAGAAGAUACAGUUGAUAACCAUUACACCGCUCGCGUAUCCUGUAGCCAACCAUCGAAGGUCAUCUUUAUUAUUAAAAUUUAUCCGCAAGGGAUUUGUACACCUUGCCUAGAGAAGAUGGAAUUAGGAGAUUUAAUAGAGAUUAGUGAACCUAUCGGUAGUACGGAUCUAUUAACAUGGACUGAUCCAGAAACUGAACUGCUCAUGUUGGCAGCUGGUACUGGAUUAACUCCUAUGAUUAAUAUGCUUAAUGUUCGAUUAAGAGGAUUAUCUGAUCAGGGAUCAUCCACGUGUAAUACGCGUUUGUUGAUGUUUAACAAAACCGAACAGGAUAUUGUAGAUGAUGACUGGAUGCCCAUGAGAUGGAAUGACACUAGAGUCAAGACAGAGCACAUCCUUAGUGAACCAUCUGCGAACUGGACUGGCAAAACAGGACGUAUUAGUGCUGACAUGUUACCAUCGGGAAACAACUCCCUUCGAGUGUUAAUCUGUGGGCCAGAUGGUUUUGUUCAAAGUGCUGCAAAAUUGUUAAACGAUGGCGGACACAGGUCCGAAAACAUACAUAUCUUCCAAGGGUAA